AUGAAAGCUUCUGAAGAUUUUAGUACAUUGAGGAGACUUUUGUGCAUUUACUUUAUUUUUUUCAAAAACUAUCGAGGCUUGAUCUGCAUUUUAACCAUCUGUCCUACCGAGAUGGGUAUUAUGCAAAAGCUAAUUUCUGAAUUCUCUGAUGCCUCUGCCAUAUAUGCUGUGUGCUCUGCAUUAGCAUCAGCUUAUAUUGAAGAUUUACAAGAUAUCUGCUGUUCUUCACAUUAUCUAUAG